AUGGCUGAUGACGGAAAGAAGCGAAAGGAAGACAGUUCUUCCGACUCAUCUUCGCUUCAGAAAGUACCUCGACUAGAACCCUCUGAAGGACCUAGUAAGAGCGAAGUCAUUAAGACACCCGUCCCAGCUAAACCAGACGCUACCGAGACUCCCAUCUCAAAACCUGUUCUUGGAAAGAAUCCAAAAGAGACCAAAGUGUCUAUGACUAUUAAGAACUCUGAUUUACUAAAACCUUACUCUCAUGCCGCUGCAAAACCCCGACAACCUCGUGAACCUAAGCCCGCUGGAUCUGCAACUAACUGGUUCAAAGAGCUGUGUGUUCCUGAUCGCAUCGAGUAUGAUGAUGGUGGCCAAUGGAUAAUCGAUGUGCAACCAGACCUUCUGGAUACUUGUGUUGCUGCAGUGCAAGACGCAGCUAGGCACAGCUUUGCCUAUAUCCCCAGCUUUGCUGGAUACUCAUGGAACCAUGACUUUGGCAGAUCUCUGCCUCCAGCUAUCUUCAUUGCUGCCCACGACCGCCUUGCCCGUACAUGCGCGAACGCAGAAGUUGAAACAGUGAUGCGGGAAAUUUAUAAUACGUCAAUUGUAAACGCUGAUGAUUUUGAUUACCGUGUGACUCACUUCCUGGGAGGACCAUACCAAGCUUAUAUUCAAGAGUCGGAGCCUGACAGCAAAACUGUGAGCAAAGUUCUAACCAACACAUGUGGCCUCACUGCGCUAACUCACUCAAUUGAGAGUGCAACUCUCACCAACGUUGAGGCGGUGCCAGGUUGGCAAACAGACGCCGUAACUAACAUUACCGUAACAGUCUUCGCUAACAAGAUCCACUUCCUAACCAGCCCAGGCGCUUAUAGCGGAAAGUUUGAAGUACCUGCCACCGGAUCAUAUGAAGAGAAUCUUUACCUAGUCCGCGAAGACAAGGUGACACCUGCGACGAGAGUUGUCAAAUAUGUAGAAUUUGACAAGAAAUGGCAUGUUAAACCAGUUUCAUUCUGGAUGCAGCCUUACUCCCGUCUUCCUAGCGUGAUUGACUACUCCCUCAGCCUCGGCUACAAAAUUGAAGUUGAAGACAUCGAUGGAGUGUGCAUCGCGCCUCACUGCGGGACAACAACUCACAGUUCAUCCAAGGCUCAGCCCCCCUCCGAGAAGUAUUCGCCGUCAAAAACACCGGCAACGACCACGACCAGACUCGUGUCAUCAGAAGAGCUACUCAUGAGGAAUCAAGCUGCGGUCUUGCGCUUAGAGACAUGAGCCGCAACGCCCUUCCAGUGUUCGGAAACGAACAAAUUCGACAAGAAGUGCUCCGCGGUUUUCAGCGAGAAUUGCACCACGACGAUCCUCGUGUUGCAGCGACCUACAUCGGAUGGCGCCAUGGAGAUGCCGUUCCUCUACUUGAGGAGAGCCUCUACUUAUGGUCAUCCUACCGAUAUGUGUCCCAGUCCAACCAACGGAGAAGAGCAGUACACAUGUACUUUACUCUUCGCUCAACAUAUGGACUUGCUUCUCCACUAUCCAGAACAAUGAACCUAGUGGUUCUACUUCCAGGAUAAAUUCCUAUUUUAUCAUUUGUAUUAAUUAAUUGGUUAUUUUUCAUCCAUUAGUUUAUAUUUUACGAUAAGACCACAGGCAACCUGUGAAAUACUUGUAUCUCACUAGCUUUUGUGAUUAUUAAUAUUUAAUGCUAAUUAACUUAGUUUCUUUUUAUUUGAUAUUUUACAGACUUUUAAGAAAAUUAAUAAACAAUACAGUGUCCUUGAACACUACAUUGCAAAGAAAACAUGUAUCCUAGGCUUCCCAUAAAAUUAAACACUGAUAAGCUGUACAGAAAAUAAUUCAGACCAAUUUUUAAAAAUGUGGCCCAGUUAACCUAACUCUACCCUAUAGAAGUGGGGCUAUGAUUUGGUACAACUUGCAUCCCCUUAAUUUUGAUUUGAAUAGUAACUGAGCUAUGUAAUGGUGACUCUUUUUCAUAAUGAUUUGUAAAUCUACGCUUAUGCACAUCUUGAGUUUUUACUAGAGGUAAUGCACAUCUUGAGUUUUUGCUAUUUUGCAAAUGGAAAAAAAGACCCAAAUCUUUCAAGUUCAACCAGUUUCAGGCAGUUAUGACUUAGAGUAAGGUUGUGUAGUGUAAUGUGCACUUGAUUUUAAAUUUUUACCAGUCCACAUCUUUCAUACUAUAUUUAAUUUUAGUUCUCAUAACAUUGCAAUGAUCAGCACUAUGUAAUGUAUACAUUUAUGAUGUAAUGACUAUCAUUUGCCAUUAGUGGUAAACAUUCUUUUUUUUUUUUUUAGACUUAAGUGAGAAGUAUGAGUGUACUAAAGUAGGGUAUUAUGUCCAAUUUUUUCAUAUACUGUGGCAGAGGAA